CGAUCCUUCUUAAGCCGGGCGCCGCGCCCGCGCGCCCUAGUGGCUACUCUGGUUAUGCUCUAUGGUUUGGGGUGGCGGAGCUGCAGGAAGCGGAGGUGCCGGGCGUCCCAUUCAAAGCGCGUCCGUGCGGGUGUGCUGCUGCGCGCCCGGGCAGGUUUCAUGAGUCAGACUGGGCUGCUGAGACUUUCUUCUGAAGAUGUACAUGUUGGUUGAACACCGUACAAGUUCCUAUCUUCAUCUGAAGAGGUCACCUGGCAUCCGAUCUUGGUCUCUCUUUGUUGGAAUAGCCUCCAUAGGUUUGGCUGCUGCUUAUUAUAGUGCAGACAGCUUGGCAUGGAAGCUCUUUUAUAUGGCUGGGUGUUUCUUUGUGGCAGCACAGAAUCUGGAGCAGUGGGAGGAAGCUGUAUUUGAUAAGAACAGGGGAACAGUCUGCCUAAAAACAUUCAGUCUUUACAAAAAACUACUGACCUUCUCAAAAGGAGGCAAUGAACAAGUAGUGGCUCUGCUGCAUGAGAUCCGAGAUGUGAACGUGGAAGAGGAGACUGUGCGGUAUUUUGGGAAGGGUUACCUGGUUGUGCUACGAUUUGUCACUGGAUUUUCACACCCUCUGACUCAGAGCGCAGUGUUGGGCUGUAGAAGUGAUGUGGAAGCAGUUGCCAAACUCAUUACUAGUUUUCUGGAGCUGGACAGAGUAGAGAGCCAACAAGAUCUCUCGCAGAGCAGUGAAACGGAGGCUAGUGAUGCUGAUGAACCACAGGAUAAAUAUUAAUAGUCAUCAUGAGCUGAAGAAAGCAAAUGCUUUCAAACAUCUGGAAAAUAUACUUGAUCAUCCAUCAAAAAAGAAAUCCCUCACAAUCUUGACCUGAGCAUUUCUCUACAUGUGCAUUUACAAUGGGAGUAGUCUGUCUUAGGGCACCUUUUUUAGUGCUAAACUGCUUCAAGAUCCACAUUCCCAGUAUUGCUGUUGUAGAGUCCAAAGCAAAUUUUCUUUUAUUUGCUCCUUUGAUUUAGUUUGUGCAUGUGGACAUUGCUGGCUUUUGAACUUUGUCAGCUCAUCAAACUUGUCUAGGAAUAGUUAUUUAUUAAUGAAUUCGUUUGAAAUCAUUUAUUGCGUUCCCAUUAAUGAAGUGGAGAUACAGAUGUAAACUUCCACUUACUGCAAACAUCUGCUGCAGGUACAGUAUACGAAAUGUAAGAGCUGAAUUUGUAAGUCAUAACAUGAUGCUUUGAGGUUUUUCUUGAAGUGUUUUAAGUGACUGAAUAUAUUGCUAAAUUGGUUUUAAGCAGCUUAAUAUAUGCAAUUAGGAGAUGCAGGAUAGUGGCAUUUUUAUAUUCUCUACUACUGACUUGCUGUUACAUAGAUACCAGUGGAAAUUAACCUUUGAGCGACUGUCUUGGAGUUGGAAACAAGAGGCUGAUCAACUUGUUACACUGUAUUCUCUUGGACUUGCCAAGGAGCCAUAAAUAGUAAACAAAAAAUGAUCAUGCUGAUCAUUCAACAUCUUUGGGAUGUUCUAGCUUAAUCCUGUUCUGCUUAACUUCUGGGCGUAGACUAUCCCAAGAUAGAAUAACCUUUUCUAGACCUCAACACUUACUAUUUUAACUGUGUAUUUAGAAAGGAUGAAAAGCACAUCUGUUACUUUAGGUAGGGAGAAGACUGAUGUCAAACAACAUGGCAGCCUAGAUUUGUUUUGUAUGUUCUCACUUGAAAUGAUACCGAAGUGCUAAAUAAUAACUUAGUUUUUUUUAAGGUAGCUGGAGUAGAUCCAAUGUUUGACUUGCACCCACAUUUUACUCCAGGUGUGUGUAGUGUCCUCUGUUCUGACCAAUGGUUUCACAAAUGGUUAAAAUAGGAAUUUUCGAAGAUUUUUUUUUUGAAGUAAAAGCUACCUCUGUUAGUCAACAUGUUCUGUCUAGAAUUAAAAUUUCCUCAUGCCUACAUCAAGAAGUCCAUACAAGAAAAAAGUUGUAAAGAGCUGAAAGUUCCUUCAACACGCUAAAACAGCUUGUAUUAAAGUUCAUUGGGCUUUAUUUAAGAAUUGUAUAGUGGCAAGACCUGAAUUAGAAAAUAUUUAACACAGGUACUUCUAGGAGAUCUGAACGGGGUACAGGGUAACUGUGUGGUCUGCUUUCACAUUUGGCUGGCAGUAAAUGUCUUCUGGCAGCAGUUUCUUCAGGACUUAAAAGAAUCUGCAUUCUUCUUUCAAAGCACUCUACCUCUACAGAAGAGAAUGCUGUGAAAAGAUUUCAGCAGAAGCUAUGUCCUGUUGUGUGUUCCAGCUAAUCUGAAACUAAGCCCGUACUUAUCUGACCAAAGAACAGGUUCUAUUAAGAUUUCACUUCCGGCCAUUUAGAUCUCGGACUUGAGCUGUGAGACAAAUGUGCUCUUCCUGUCAGUUUGAAAGGGUCAUCAAACUAGCAGGGAGAUAGCUGUUGGUGCAGCUUGACUGCAGCACAGAACUGUGUCUGUUACUAGUCAAUAAGAAAAGAAACUUGUAAUCCCAUCAGGUAUCAAAGCAGACCUCUGCCAAUAGAUGUGCUUGUGAAAUCCUCUGAUUUGGCGGGUUCAUCAUGUGGCUUUCAAUCUCUACCUCACAUCGCUGGAAUUGGGAAGCUGCUAUGUAUGAAUGUGGGAAAUUAGGUUGCAGGCAAUUAGCUAAAUUUGGCCUUUAUUCUGAAGCACAGCUGUAAGCUAAGAAUAAUCAUCAAACCUGUUUAAAAAAAAAAAAUUAUUGCAGGAUGUAACACUUUGGAGAGAUGUUCAUUUAAAUGCACUCUAAUAUAUACCCUAGGUAACAUGCCCAAUCUCAUUCUCCUCUCUCCAAAAUUAAUUUGGAGAACUUUUUUUUCCCCACUGUGUGAAAUGACUGUCAAGUGUUUUAAGGACUUCCAGUAAGAAAUACUGAAAAAACUAGAGUAUUUAAUGCUGUAAUGUAAGCAAAAGGGCUCAACAUGCAGAUACCCACUGUUCUGUAGGCAGGAUAUUCAGCGGGAGUACCUGGUGCAGAUGUGCACUGCAUUUCUGAGCCCACACAUUUCACUGUGGAUGAAACGGGACAAAACUGCCUGCACUCAAUCUAUACUGAGUUUCUUUUGUAUUUCCAUGAGAGCUAACAUUCCAUGUCAGAUACAAACCACACUGGUUUUCCAGUUAAAAAUCAGCUUUAAAACGGUACAUCUCAUGCUGCAUCAUGUGUCCUGAUUCUGCGGAGCUCUUUUGUGCAUCUAGCUUGCUGUACAUUCUUGAUGUUAGUAAUGUAUAUACUUACAGACUAUGCAGUAUCAUUAUACAAAGACUAAAACACUGUAAGGAACAUUCAGAAUCCCUGGAAAGGGGAAUGGCCUAUAGUAAGGCAUAAUGUAGCUUGAAAUUAAUUCUGUGGAGUAAGUUGCGUUUUGAGCUGAUUCCAGUGAUUAUCUCUUUAAAGAUGUUCUCUAGCGUUCCCUUCCCACCUCAGUGUCCUGCUGAUGGUCGGCUGGAGAGGGAUGACUGCUGCCACGCACUCUGCACCUAGGAGGAAUGUUUUGACUCCUCAGCCUUUCCUGUAGAACAGCUGGUGUAAUCCUCUCGUGCAGUGUCCAUUUUGUGUUUGGCGGCUCUGUUGCCGUACAAACUCCUACAGCUUCAAUUGGGAACCACUGUGAAGGGGGACUGAGUAAAUUCUUCAUGUGCCGCAGGUUCUGCCUGUGGGCUGUACGUUGGGCACUGCUGGGUGAUGUACAACUGGGAGUUUGUGUCACUGACCUACAGCGCAGGUAAAGGGUGUCACAACUUGGCUCUUGGCUGCUGUACAUGAAUGUGUAUCACAGGCUGACAUGUAUUUCUCUUGAUCCAGGUUUUGACCUUCUCGUCUUCAAAAAACUAUUUGUCUUUUGUACUUGGAAGACAUACGCAGAUGUUCAUGUUUUGCAGUAAUUGUGCAUGGAAAAUUAAUUUGCAAAUCACCAUUAGCAUGGAUUUGGUUAUGGCAGUGCCUGUGGGCUCCUCAGAGAUGUGGUGCAGCUUGAAGGGGCUGUUGAGAACAGCAGGUGCUAACUCAGGACAGGUUCUGUUCUUCCCUUUCCACUAGUCCUUUCUCUGAUCCUCUUUUCUUGCCACUUUUCACCACUUUGCUGAAGGCUUUUUUUGGAUAGCUUUCCUCACUUCUCUUGGGCCUUACGUGUGCCUGAUAUAAAGUGGCUUGUACUAAAAGGAAUGAUGUGAAAGGCUAGUUUUGCUUAGGAAAUUAGAUACUCCUAGAAGAGUAUUAGAGAUGUAUUUGUUAAGAUUUUUGCAUUUUGGGCUGUCUAAUAACUUGAGACUAGCAAGCUGUAGUUUGACUUACAAAUGAUUUAAAAGCCUGCAUAAAAAUCUUAAGUUAGAUCUAACCCCUUCCUCCAUAAGCCAACACUUUCUAUUGUGUCCUUUAAUAUAACCGUAUCCUAAGUGCCAUUUGGCAGAUGCUUCGGCUUAAACUUGAGUAGCACAUUUGAAAUUAUUUGCAUGUAACUUCAUGGCCUUAGCUGUCCUAGUGAACAAAAGCUAGACUGCAUGUUGUAGAAAGGGAAAAGGUUGCAUAAUCUAAGCUAUAAUCUAAUACUCUGAUAUUUCACACAAUGAGAUAUUGCAGUAAUAGGAUCAAUUGUGCAAGUCUCAAAGAAAAUCCAAGUAUUUAUACUGUCUAGCUGGGAUCUUGACUCUUGUGCUGUAUUUAUGAAGUUACGCAGAUACCAAAACCUAAGCUGGCUUACAUAGUAAAUAAAGAGUGCUAGUUCUGACACUGUAGUAAUUGCUGAGAGGCGCAAAAAUACUUCUGGAAACGUUUAGAAAUUGCUUUUCUACUUUAAAAUUGCAAGUAGAAUUUCAGCAAAGCCUUGUAUACUGUCUUUUUUUAAAAAAAAAAUCCAUUGAUAAAAUCAACUUUGAUAACUUG